CACAAAGAUUAUAUUAUAUUUUUUAUAGAUCUGCUUACGAAAAAUCUGAUUCAUAAAAAUAGCUUAAGUUUUAUUUCUGCGGAGUUAGAAAAUGGCAGCUGCCGUAAACACUAUGGAUUAUUCACAGCUUGGGUCAGACUUAGAACGGCAAGAAUUAGAGUUUGGCGCUUCACCAGCUUCUCCAUUGUUGUACUGUCAGCUUCUGGCUGUCUACGUGCUACAAAAUGAUUUGUGCAAUGCAAAGUUUUUAUGGAAAAGAAUUCCUCUUGGCAUCAAACAGAACUGUCCUGAGCUGGUCCUGAUCUGGCAUGUGGUACAAAAGAUGUGGCUGAAGGAUUAUGCCGGAACAUACGAAGCUCUACAGAAAGAAUGGUCAGACGAUGUGAAAAAUAUAAUGCUUGCUGUCGAAGACUCAGUGAGAGCCAGAGCCCUGCGACUAGUACAGUUGGCCUACUCUAAUAUCCAUGCUAAUGAGUUUGCUACAUUUGUGGGGAUGAAUGUCGACAAGGCAGUUCAAGCUGCUGCUGACGCAGGAUGGCAAGUAGACAAUAUCACAGGAAUUCUCAUCCCAAAACCUUUAGAUCCACCAGCAGCUCCACCUAUAAUGAACGAGCAACACUUAUCCGUCCUAACUCAGUAUGUCACUUAUAUGGAGAACUGAUGCUCUUGUUUACCUGGUGCUUUUAGUGUUCAGUUUAAGUGUUGGAUCUAUCGAGUGUCUGGCUGACUGACGUUGAUAGUGUAAAUAGUGUGUGUGUGUGUGAGUGAGAAGGCCUGGUGAGAUAUUUAAGUGUGUGUGUGUGCAACCAUUUCUCAUGUUUUUUCUGACAAUAAAUUAAAUUAAAAGCAGA